CAAGGGAGAUAAUGCUAACUCGCCGAACACCGAGCCGGCUACAAGCAGAGGGCGAAACGUGAAACACCGCCACAAGCUUAUAUAACGGCCUCUGAUAGAUUCGUGCCCCCACCAAAGUACAGGUAAUAUCACUGACAGAGGCUUAAAAGUAGCGAGAUCAGUCGAUAGUGCGGCAGUAGGUUGAUCAGACGUUUGUCAGGCUUUGCGUCUUUGAAGUAACAGACCCUAAACAAUGGAACACUUGGUGCCACUGAGAAGAGAAAACUGGAGUUUCUUCGAAAGACAGAGGCAAGUGUUUAAAGACAUCUUCAAGGGGAUGGACAGAGACAUCGACGACGAGUGGAAAGAGUUUGACCGAGAGCUCGAGAGAAUGAGAAGCGAGAUGUUUACAUUGAAGGCCCUGGACUUCAACGACUUCGGAUCCAGCAUGAUCCAACCUGCACGCCCCAUUGUUUCAGAUGACCAGGGCAACAAGAGGCUCUCACUAAGAUUUGACUGUAAAGAGUUCAAGCCGGAGGAGAUCACAGUGAAGACAGUCGACAACAGGUUGAUGGUGCAAGCAAAACACACUGAGGAAUCUCCAGGGAGAAAAGUAUAUCGUGAAUUUAGUCGUCAGUAUAUCCUUCCACAAAAGAUUGACCCCCUGACCUUGAACUCAACAUUAGCGGCAGAUGGCGUUCUCAGCAUUGAGGCCCCAGCACCAGCUGCAAUCGAGGCACCAAGGGAAAGAAUCCUGCCAAUAAUGCGCCUGUAGCUUUCAAAAAAUUUACAUUCGCAAUUAAAUUUUGUCGAGUUAUCGCCCUUGAAUUACAUUCGCAAUGCUAAGGCUACUAAGAGAACAAAGCUUUGUGUGUGCGUGCGUGUGAGGGCAACACUAGAAACACAAAAAAAAAAAAUCUCUUAUGAAUUUAUAAUGGUGUUAUAUAAGCACAAUAUAAUUUCUUGAACACGUAUAACACACAUCAUUACAAAUUCAUCCAUCAAUAUUAUCACGACUUCUGUGGCCCUUGUGACUAUUUCCCUAAAUGUAGUUAGUUAAAAAGUCCUAUAGCUGUGCAUUGAAUGAUCAUGAGUGUAUAUUGAUGACCUGUCUUGUCCACUGGAAAGUAUGUGGUUGCUUAACUAUUAGUUCCAAGUUUUGGUGAAACUUUAUGUAAAUCUAUGCAUUCUACAAAAUUAUUUUAAAACAAAAAAUGAUCAAAUAAAUAUUUUUUUUCAUAAC